AUGUUUCGAUCAUUAUUAGUUGGCGUUUAUAGAACAACAAAAAUUAAACGGUUUAUUGCAACAACAAAAUCUCCACCAGUAGGCGAUAAAACAUAUCAAUUAUAUUCUUUAGAUACGCCCAAUGGACAAAAAAUUGGUAUUGCACUUGAAGAAUUAGGAUUAGAAUAUGAUGCACAUUUUAUUGAUAUAAGUCAAGAUAUUCAAUACGAGGAUUGGUUUAAAAAAUUAAAUCCAAAUUCAAAAAUUCCUGUUCUUGUUGAUCGUCAGCCGAUUGGUAAUGAUAAACAGCCGAUAACUUUAUUUGAGAGUGGUGCAAUUUUAAUUUAUCUUGCUGAUAAGACCGGCAAAUUUCUCGCUCCAACGGGGACACAUCAACGAUAUACAACAAUUGAAUGGCUUAUGUGGCAAAUGAGUGGCAUUGGACCUAUGUUCGGACAAGCUAAUCAUUUUCAUCGAGCAGCAAAAGAAGAUAUUGCCUAUGCAAAAAAUCGUUAUUUAAAUGAAGCUAAACGUUUAUUAAAAGUACUUGAUACACAAUUAAAUACAACAAAUGCGUUUAUCACUGGUAACGAUUAUACAGUUGUAGAUAUGGCUACAUUUCCGUGGGUGCGAUUUUUUAUAACACGCUAUCAAAAUAAAUUAGAUGAUAAUGCGUAUCCAAAUAUUGAAAAAUGGUUAGCAUUGCUUGAAGAUCGACCACAAGUACAAAGAGGACUUAAAGUGUGUUCGAAAAAUGCCUAA